AGUAGUCAAGUCUGAAAGACACAUCAAAGUGAAGUAAUGUCUUGAAUAUCCAACCAAGUUUGAAGCCCUAAUCAACCUCACUCAUAAAAGUACACUUACAUAUACCCUAAAAAAGUGUUUUCUUGAUUUUUUGUUCUUUUUCAACUCAUGGAGCAGAGCAGCAACAUUCAAGAACAAGGUGUGAAUGGUGUUUUCAAUGAUUCAGAGCAAGUUAGUGUUGAAAAAGAUUUGAGCGGUGUAAAUGUUGUUGUUGAUCAAGGAGUCAGUGUGUGUGUGUGUGAAAAAGAAGAAGAAGAAGAAGGUUUGAAAUUGCAAGAAGGAGAAGAAGGUCUGAAAUUGCAAGAAGAAGAACAAGAGAGUAACAAGCCGAUGGCUUUGAAAAGGAAGAGAGGUAGAAAGAAAAGAAAUGACAAGCAAUUGGAUAAUCAAACUCAAGUUAUUGAAUCACAAGGAGACUCUGAGGGGACUCAAUUGCAUGGACAGGCUUGUGAAGAAAAUAAUUCGGUGAGACGAAGCGCCCGCAAGCUCGCUUACCAAGCUUUCAAGCCUUGGUGGGAGGAAAUGCAAGAGGGGGAUGAAUUGGGAAACCGAAAACGAAGGGGACGAAAGCCGAAGCUGAGUAAUGAAGCUCGCAGUCCUGCGGGGAAUGAAAUGCAAGAGGGGGUUGACACUAAUUUGAAGUGUGGAGUUGUAUCUGCAUCUGUAGAUUGUAAAACCGAUAAUGCUAAUGUGAAUUACGACGAUGGGUUGGUUGAAAAACAACGCGAUUUUGCUCAAAUUCUCACUCCUGGGGGAAGUAAUAUGCAAGUACAUAAUUGUGAAGUAAAGAUACCAGUGGGUAAUUAUGCUUGCAGUCCCGAGAAAGAUGAAAUGCAUGAGGAUAAAGACGUGAAAAUCCCAACACAAAGGGGACAGGAACCGAAUCUGAGUAAUGAAGUUGUCAGUCCUGGGGGGGGUGAAAGGCCAGACGAUGAAGAGGUGAAAAUUUCAAAGCGAAGGGGUCGGAAGCCAAUGAAAAGUAAGGAUGAUAGGGAUGUGGUUGAUGAUAAUGGUUUGGGCCGAAGAAGAGAAUGUCUUGAAAUUGAUAGUCCUGGGGGUAAUAAAAAAGAGUCGGAACCUAAUACUUGUCAUCAGUGCAAAAGGAAUGAUAAAGGGAGGGUUGUGAAGUGCACCAAAUGCAAAAAGAAGCGAUAUUGUGUGCCUUGCAUGACCACAUGGUACCCUAAGAUGACAGAAGAAGAUUUUUUGAAGGAGUGCCCAGUUUGUCAAGUUAAUUGUAAUUGCAAAAGUUGCUUGCGCUUGGAGAUACCGGUUGCAGACAAAAAGAGGUUUAUACUGGACUUUAGCAAAGAUGAAAAGAUCAGGUAUGCCAAAUAUAUCUUGCCAAUGCUUCUUCCUUUCGUAAGACAAUUUAAGGAGGAGCAAUUAAUGGAGAAGCAAGUAGAAGCAAAGAUUAAAGGCAUACCGAUAUCAGAGAUAAAAGUGCAAAAAGUACAAUGUGAAGCUGCAGAACGAAUGUUUUGCAACAACUGCAAAAGUUCUAUUGCCGACUUUCACAGAAGCUGCUCAAGCUGUCAAUAUGACCUCUGUCUGAUUUGUUGCCGAGAAAUACGCAAUGGAUGCCUUCAAGGAGGUAAAGAGGAAGCGACUAUGCAACUAGUAGACCCUGGAUUUGAUUAUUUGCAUGGGGGAGAUCCUGUUACUACCUCAGCAGAGAGUAGGAUAAGUAUGGACAUAACUGCUGAAACAACAAACAGUGAUCACAUCAAGUCAGCUUAUAAGUGGAAUUCUAAUGAGGAUGGUAGCAUCGCUUGCCCCCCCGAAAAUGUGGGUGGUUGUGGUCAAGGUAUUUUGGAAUUAAGAAGUUUAUUGUCGGAAGAUUGGGUCCCAAAUCUAUUGGUUGAUGCUGAAGAACUUGCCAAAACACUUGAGCUCGAACUACCCAAAACACAGGAAGAGUGGUGCUCUUGUUCUACUAAUGUUGAUAGUGAGAAACAGAAGUCAAGGAAAGCCUCUUCUCGUGAAGAUUCUGAUGAUAACUAUUUGUACUGUCCAAAUGCUGCAGACUUAACACCUGAAGAUUUGAAGCAUUUUCAGUCCCAUUGGCGUAAAGGUGAGCCAGUCAUCGUGAGUAAUGUUCUUUCAGCUACGCGUGGUCUUAGCUGGGAACCCAUGGUUAUGUGGCGUGCCUUCCGUCAGGUGAAAGACCGUAAACGUGACCGUCUUAUGGAUGUGGAUGCCAUUAAUUGUCUGGACUGGUGUGAGGUAAAGGUUAACGUACAUCAAUUUUUUAUGGGAUACACAAAGGGUCGAUUUGAUAAAAAGGGGUGGCCUCAACUUCUGAAGCUGAAAGACUGGCCCCCGUCUAGUUUAUUUGAUGAACAUUUACCACGUCAUGUUGCAGAGUUUCUUAGUAGUUUGCCAUUUAAGGAAUAUACAGAUCCCCGGACUGGCUACCUAAAUCUUGCAGUUAAGUUACCUGAGGGCUCUCUGAAGCCAGAUUUGGGGCCAAAAUCGUAUAUUGCUUAUGGACAUGCUCAAGAGCUGGGACGUGGAGAUUCUGUGACAAAACUUCACUGUGAUAUGUCUGAUGCGGUGAACAUAUUGACCCAUAUUCAAGAAGUGGUUCUUAGUUCUCAACAAUGUACGGAUAUACAAAAUCUUAAGAAAAAACAUGCUCUUCAGGACCAGAAAGAAGUUUUCGGUAGUGAUCAAAUGUUAAAUCAUGAUACCGAUAGUAUGGAUUGUGUUGGAUAUGCUGGUGACAUAACAGAUGGCUUGGAACAUCCAGAAGGAGGUGCUUUAUGGGACAUCUUCAGAAGGCAAGAUACUCCCAAGUUAAAGGAAUAUCUAAGGAAAUAUUUCAAAGAAUUCAGGCACAUAUAUUGUAAACCAUUGGAUCAGGUGGUUCAUCCUAUUCAUGACCAAACCUUUUACCUGACUUUGGAGCAUAAGAGGAGGCUCAAGGAAGAAUUUGGGAUUGAACCAUGGACAUUUGUGCAAAAACUAGGAGAUGCAGUACUUAUACCAGCUGGUUGCCCACAUCAAGUGAGGAAUAUAAAGUCAUGUAUAAAGGUUGCAGCUGAUUUUGUAUCGCCUGAAAAUGUUAGCGUCUGCAUUCGUUUGGCAGAGGAAUCACGGGUUCUACCCCAUGAUCACAGGUCCCAGGAAGACAAAUUGGAGGUGAAGAAAAUUACUAUCUUUGCCAUGCAGCAUGCCGUCAGGGAGUUGCAGAACUUGAGGUCUGCUGAAUUAGUUAACGGCUCUCAGUAAUUGAAGACUUGUUCUAUGAAUUUGUUGUAAUGUCACUGAUAUAAUAUAAUUAGUGCUGCUUACUAUGAGCAGUUUAGAGGAGUUUCUGUAUUCCUUGUAUUAUCUAUGUAAUUUAUAUUUGAACUGGAGUUUUAUUCUUGCGUUAGAUUAAGCCAAGUGAAGUAAAAAAGUUGCUCUGAAAGAGCUGCUGAGAACUUAAAAGCACUGGUUGUAUAUUAAGAUUUAUGAUCUAAGAAA